AUGUCUGAAACUACUGGAGUAUGGACAAAAUGUUGUUGUAUAUCAAAACGAUUGGAUGGAAAGUUGGCGAUCGUUACUGGAUCUAGUACGGGAAUUGGUCUGUCAACAGCUGGUGAACUUGCUCGUCGUGGUGCCAAAGUGAUAAUGGCAUGCAGAAAUAUACCAAAGGCUGAAGCCGCCAGAAAAUGUCUUUUGGAAAGAUAUGGUACUAACAAUCCAGAGAGUGUUACAACUGAUAUAGCAUCUCAGGAAGUAAUGGCAUCACUGAGUCCAAUUGAAGAUGAUCAAUUGAUGAUUGAAAAACUUGAUUUAGCAUCUUUGGAAUCAGUUAGAGAAUUUGGCAGGCGGAUCAGUUCCACAUUUUCGAAAUUGGACUUUCUCAUCAAUAAUGCUGGGUUGGCAACCAGUAAAUAUGAAAAGACGGUGGAUGGUUUCGAGAUGACGAUGGGUGUUAAUCAUUUUGGACACUUCCUACUAACAGAGUUACUGUUACCACUGUUGAAGAAUUCAGCACCAUCAAGAAUCAUAAUCAUAUCAUCGAUAGGACAUUAUGCAGGUCGAUUGAGUAAGCCAGAUUUGCAGCUUCCAGAGAGUGAAUACGGUGAGGUGAAAGCUUAUUUUCAAUCAAAGUUAGCGAAUGUGUUGCAUGCUGUUGAAUUAGGCGAGCGAUUGCAUAAUAGUGGAGUGACUGUGGUUAGCCUGCAUCCUGGUGCGGUGAACACUGAACUUGAUAGAAAUACAACGGACUUCGGACUGAAAACAUUUCGAAAGUUAACAAAGCCCUUAUUCGUUAGUCCUUGGAAAGGUACACAGACUAUAUUAUACACCGUGUUGUCAGAUAAUUUGAUAUCUGGUGGUUAUUAUUCGAAUUGUACACUGAAAGAACCAUCAUCCACAGUCAAGAAUAAAGAAGAAAGAAAGUGGUUUUGGAAUCAAACUUAUGAACUCCUAGGAAUUGAAAAUAAACUAUAG